CUGUGUAUUCUGUACAUACCCAAGCCAAGCCUCACAAUGCUGCAUUUGCUAAAACAAGUGGCUUUGAAAUUGUCAGUGAUGUCGCUGUUCCCAGACCUCCCUCUCUGUGGUGGACUCGCUCUGUGAGGCAGUGCAGCAGUCAGACGGCUCUGAUGGCAGAGCAGGGCAGGUGGAACUGAACAAGAGGAGAAACCAACAUCACCUGUCUGGGAAAUCUAGAACGAAGGAGGACAAAAAAAAAAAGAAGGAGGAGCAGUAGAGUCUUUGGAGAGCAGAGGUCUCGCUGUGUCUACCCACCCACCCCACCCCACCCUACUCUCUCUCUCAUAUGCACACACUCUCCCCUUGCCUCUCCCUCCCUGUUUGUCUCCUCCACUCUCCGAUGCUGGUGUGGUGAACAGCAGGACACUCUCGGCUGAGCUGCAUGGAGGCACAGGGAGGGGCAGGGAGCCCAGAGCCCAACAAAGACAUCCAGAAGCUGCUGAAGCCCUCCAGCUCAGGUGACCUAACCAAGGAGUUGUUCCACCACCCAGCAGGGGAGGAGGAGGAGGAGGGCAGCCUGUCAGGGCACACUGCUAGCCUGCUUCACAUCGCCGAGAAAAGACAACCACUGAGUAGUGUGUCUUCGUUGGAGGUACACUUUGACCUCCUGGAUCUGACUGAGCUGACUGACAUGUCUGACCAGGAACUGGCUGAGGUUUUUGCUGACUCUGAUGAGGAAAACCACAACGAGUCCCCAGCAGGUUCCCACCAGCCUGUGCUGCCCAGAGGAGGGUACAUGCGCUCCCCCUCGUGGACACGCUGCAGCAGAGUUGAGCACCCGCGGGAGAGAAAGCAUCACAGCGACUCGGACACCGCAGAGCCCUUAAUGAAGCUGGAGAGGCCAAAGCAACUGUGAUAUCUGUGAAACAGCCAGAGAGAGAAAACCCAGAGCAAGACAGACAGAAACAACCAGAGCGGGAACACAACGCGGACCAAAAGGCCUCCAUCUGCCACUAUGCACUCACAUAACAUUUGAGUUCAGGUUGAACUCUGGACAACUCUAACUAAAGAUGUUGAGAUGUGCAAUACACACACUCUCCUCCUCUCUCCCUCUCCUCUCUCUCCUCUUUCUCUCUCCUCUCUCUCUCUCUCUCUCUCUUCUCUCUCCCUCCCUCUCUCUCUCUCUCUCUCUCUCUCUCUCUCUCGCUCUCACACACGCACACAAUCAUUGUGUUUUUCAUGCAAGGGGUUCUUAAUGCACUGGGCUGCCAUACGAUUUUAAGCUCUUUUUUUUAUUGACAGACAGGGUAUGAGGUCAGCAGAGUAACAGCACCUCCAUCCUUACAACCUCUCAGGGUGGGAAAUAGCUUGCACAGUAAGAUUGGUUCUUAAAUUGUCUCCACAGCGUGUGGCCAGCGCUUCUAUGGUGAAGUUCAGACUCUGGGAUUCACAUUGAGUUACCAGGAUAUGAUUAGAAACAUAAAUCAGUCGAGCUGUUCAAUAGGAAAUAUCACGCUAAGGCUAUUUCUUAAUGUGUUGACUUGAAAAUGUGACAGGGUUUUUUCUGUUGCCUGCAAUAAAGGUAACUUGAUCAGUGGAUGUCAGUGAGGCCACACUCUUUAUAUCCAUCACACCGUCUCCAUCUUAAUGAAGAAUGUGUAUUAUUAUAAUUGCCUAAAUGAAAUCUUUUGCACUUCUCUCACUAAAUUGUAUUUAGUGCACCCCAGAAUUAUUGGCAUUUGGUACAGAUGACACACAAGAGUAACAGACCAAGUAGCAAGCUAUAUGCGGUACACUUUUCCAUACUCAAUCACUUUGUUUAAAUAAAUAUUCUCAUUUUUUCUAUCAUUAAAAAAAAAAAGAGAUGGUUGCCAGAUUUGCUGCUGCUGAAGUCAUUAGAGUAGCUCCUUUAAAGUUGGUAGAUGCAUUAACUUGU